AUGCCAGUCUACAUGGGUCACGAUGCAUGCUACUGCAGCGUCGCUUGCCGAAAGCGGGGUAGAUCUGUAGAAUAUGCGAAGCUGACAGGCAUCAAGUUGGAGGAGACUGUCGAUAGCGCAAGCAUGUACAGCAGCAUCGUGUCUGACUCGACUGCAACAUCGUCAAAGAGAACUUCGGAUCUCCAAGGGCAGGGCGGCCACGGCCAGCGCGGCAUGCUGAGAUGGAUUCUCAGUGCAGGGAUGCGGCAGCUCACCGCUAUUGCUGGAGGGGCCGAGCUCCUUAGGAUGGGGUCUUUCGCCACACCGCGAUUUGCGUGGUGCCAGCAAGUAACGAGCAUGGAUCUACCGGCUGUGCUGGGCAAGCCCUUCCAGCCAGCCCUGGAAAGGUAUUGCCGAGUGGAACCACCGCUGCGGAAAGAGGAGCUGCAGGAGCUCAAAACCCUGCUUCUCGCAAAGAAGACCCUGGACACGAGCAAAGCCAAAUGCAUUGGCAAGGAGAGGGACUGGGGAGUCCAGGGAGGAUAA